ACGUUUCUUGUCAUAGUUUUUAGUCACCUCAGGAUCAAACUAAUUCGUGAAUUGUUAAAUAGCUAUUUAUUUUUAAUCGUAAACAACGUGGCCAAAGUUAACGUCAGAAUCAUUGUUUUGUUCGAAUAUAUGUGUGUGGAUGAGUGGUAGCUGGGUGACAGACGAUGGUAGUAGUUCAUGAAAAUAGAUGGAGUAGGUGGUGUGAAAGGGGUGGAGAUGGUUGACAGGGAUGAUCCGCGACAGAAAUACAUGAGUGCUGUUGAAGGCAGAAAGCAGAGUUAGAAGGGUCCAGGAUGGCUGGUAGACGGGCACUCAAAGCCAUUCUAAUUGACCUCAGUGGAACUUUGCACAUUGAAGACACAGCGGUGCCCGGAGCACAGGAGGCUCUCAACAGAUUGCGGCAGGAGUCAGUAGCUGUAAAGUUUGUGACCAACACGACGAAGGAGAGCAAGAGGAAUCUACUUGAACGACUACAGAAACUUAACUUUGACAUCCAGGAGAAGGAAAUCUUCACAUCACUGACUGCAGCCAGGGAUCUGAUUGAGCAGAAGAAACACAGACCUUUGCUGCUGGUGGACGAUGGUGCUCUGGAAGACUUCACCGGUAUGGACACUACAGAACCAAAUGCUGUUGUAAUUGGACUCGCUCCAGAUCACUUCAACUACCGAACUCUGAACAAGGCUUUUAAAAUGAUUCUGGAUGGUGCUCCACUCAUUGCCAUCCAUAAGGCUCGCUACUACAAGAGGAAGGACGGCUUGGCCCUGGGCCCUGGGCCCUUUAUAACAGGACUGGAGUACGCAACAGACUGUCAAGCUACAGUGGUGGGGAAGCCUGAGAAGACUUUUUUCACUCAGGCGCUUGCAGAUUUGGGGUGCAGUCCGAAUGAAGCAAUUAUGAUCGGUGAUGAUGCAAGAGAUGAUGUGGGUGGGGCUCAGAAUGCUGGAAUGUUGGGCAUCCUAGUCAGAACUGGGAAGUACAGAGAAGGAGAUGAAGACAAAAUCAACCCUCCUCCUCACGUGACGUGUGACAGCUUUCCUGCUGCUGUCGAACACAUUCUGAAAAAUCUGCUUUGACAACGUAUGAACGGUUCACUCCAGAGUCUUGAAAAAUUGUGAGCUUGAAGGGAGCAGGACGUCAAACACAGAUCAUCUGCCACUGUACAUUUAAGUGUUUCCCAUGGGUGUUUAAGCCUUGAACGAAUAGUAAAA